AUGAACUCAAACCAUCACCGGUCUCAAAUGAACUUUGAAACUACAGAUGCGAGGAGUCUUGUCUACUUCUUCCCACGGCCUCCGCGCAUUCCGCCUCCGGUUGCACUCCCCUCUCCGGUUGAAGUCCCCCCUCCUGCCCCUCCGACUAUCGUUUAUCCGCCUGAUCCUCAUGGUCCGACUCCGACUAUCGUUUAUCCGCCUGAUCCUCAUGGUCCGCCUCCGACUAUCGUUUAUCCGCCUGAUCCUCGUGGUCCGCCCGCUAUCGGAGUACCGGCUCCUUUUCCUCCCACCGUUGAUGAAGCUGAACCCGGCGUUGCCGUUAUUUUGUCCCGCGCCCGCAAUAACCGCCAUCUCGUCAUUCACGAUUAUACAGAUCUAAGUGAUUUAAUCAAGAAAGGCUCUGGUUCUAUUCAUUUUCUUGAAAAAGCUGUGGCCACUGUUUUUGUUUAUCACUACAACAAAUUUGAUCUAUGGAGGCGGUUCGACAAGUUAAACCAGAUUGACUCUGGAGGCGGUUAUGAUACCCCUAUGAACUACAACAAAAUGUAG